AUCAAAAUAACAAAGUGAAAUAAUUAAGAAGCCCAAAAGUAUGGUGAACCAAUAAGAUAUUUUAGAAUUGUUUUCUGUUACUUGGAAUAAAUGUAUAAAAAGAUGCAGUGAAUUUCCAUGGAGACAAAAUUCACAACACUUUAUCAAGUUCUAAAGCCUUAUUAUGUCCUCUGAAAGCCCUCAACAAUACAUGGGUAAGGAUGUCUCAGCUUGGGAACACACCGAGCACAGCAAUACAUGCACAAGUAGUACAUCAUACUAUGACAGCCAGUACAGCGAGAAACAACGCAACCAGAGAAAACUAGCUAACAGAAGCCCUGCCUCAAGAGGAUAUCCUAAAGAAUGUGUAGAUUUUGAUGAAUUUUCAACCCAACGAGAUAAUCGAGCUGUCAGAUAUAGAACAGCACAUCAGCAGUGGUUACUGGACAAUGAUGCAUUCUCAUUGAAUAGCAUGAAUGAGUGGCAGCAAGAUUUACGCCGUUGGACACCCAGUAGCAGUGCAAGAUAUCCACUGAGAAGGAAGACACCUAAGCCACCCAUUGAUCCAGAAACAUUACCAGAGGACUCUCAAGUUCACAUAUAUCACAGCAAAAAGGACAGACUGUGGGUAAAACGAUGGAUAAUUGGAGUAUUGGAGGCAAACAGAUAUAACAUCACUACAAAUGGGCAGAAGUCUAGAAAAACUUCUCGCAUGAUAGUUGUCUUCACGCCAGAGCUUUUUGAAGAGCCAUUCUGUCAAGAAAUCCUUGAUGCCAUUGAAGGAAAGAUGGUGCUUGGUAUCAAACUCAAAGACUGUGAUAUUCCAGACAUGAUUGCAAAUAACUGCACAAGUUAUAUUGACCUAACAGCCACAGAUCUCAGUGACUUGACUUUUCAUAUCACAUUUAUGUUCAGGAUGAGGAAAGCUCUCAAGUUGCCUGUAUCCAUAUGUUCAGCGUAAUCCUCUUGUCAAUUUUUAGGACAUGUACCACGUUAUACUAUUUCAGUAAAUGGUUUGAACCUAUAGGGGCAACAUGUGGAAGUGUAGUGCGAUCAUGUGGGUGUUAAGUUCUGAAAACGACUGUUGUCAGUGGUGGUGACUGAUGUUUCAACAACCUGUGCGGAAGUCAUCAUCAUGCAGAGUCAAGUGAACAGUUGUGAUCAGUUGAAUGUACUUAGUCCAGUUCAUAUACAAUGAUUGGUCAGUUUUGCCAUGAUGUUAUUGGCUGUAAGACUCAAGUGGCAUAAGUGGGUUGUGAUUGGUCUGUUUUGUUUGUUGGUAAAAUAAGUUAGGUGAUUCUGUUUGGUUCAUUUGUAAUAUUAAUGUUGUGAAUGUACUUAUCUUUGUGUACAAACCUCAACAAGAUCUUGGACAGAAAUUAAGCAUUUGCUGCAGCUUGAGGAAAAUUUCAGACUUCUUCCCAUUCUUUUAAAACGUUAUUAUAUAUUGAAAACAAAACCUCAUUAAACUUUAUGUUUGGUUAAUUCCACA